AAGGCACCUUAUAAAUGCAAUUUGUUGCUGUUGUUAUUGAACAUCACCAGAAGUGAGCGAAGGCGGCUGCCGGAGGCUGCUCAGGAAACCCUCUGCUGACUGCCGGCUCAGCUGAUAGCCGAGCAACCUCUGACAGAGAUAGGAUCAGGGAGAAGCCGCGCGGAGAGCCGACCAGGCACCCUUUGCCGCAGAGCGAGGAUGGACGUGUUUUCGGGACGCAUGCUGAUCAACAGGGCGAACGAGGCGGUGGACACGGACGAGGUGCUCAGGAACAAGAUCGUGGGUCUGUUCUUCUCGGCCGGCUGGUGCCCGCCCUGCCUGGACUUCACCCCCAUCCUGUGCGAGUUUUACACCGAGCUGGUGGAGAACAGCUCGUCUGUUCAGUUUGAGAUUGUCUUCAUAUCUUCCGACAAGAGCAUCGAGGACAUGCUGGAGUACAUGCAGAACAUGCACGGCGACUGGCUGGCACUGCCCUGGAUGGACCCCUACAAACAUGAAUUGAAGAAUAGAUACAGCAUUACAGCUUUACCAAAGCUAGUGAUUGUGAAAGAGAAUGGGGAUGUCAUCACCGACAAAGGCCGUAAACAAAUACGUGAUCAUGGCUUGUCGUGCUUCAGGAAUUGGAUGGAGGUGGGAGAUGUUUUCCAGAAUUUUGUAGCUGAUUGAGAAUGGAAUAUGAAUUAUAUUGUAAGCAUAAAUUGUUGGAGAUGGAUAUGUACAAAAAGCCCAUGACACUUGAAUAUAUAUUUGAAAGUUAGAACAGAACUUGUAACAAAUAAAAAGAAGCUUUAGGUUUACAUUCUGUUCUUAAGAAAUUAAACUUUGUAAUUAGAUGAAAAGUAGUGAGCUAUGCAAUUAUAAAU